UCUGAUUCGCUAACGGUAACGGCCAAACCACCAAGUUAGGGCUUCAAGUUCAACACGGUUCAACCCUGUGCUGAAUCCCUCCUUCUCCUCCGGACACUUCGGUCACUCUGUUCCGCGCUCGCAGUUUCGUCUUCUAUAACACCACAAUCAAAAGCAUCUUUUUGGCAUCAUGAACACUACAACAUUUGGAUCAAAUCUAGAGACAUCGAAGUACACAAUCAAGCCCUCUUGUCGUCAAUCAUCAUAUACCUCUCCCUUUUCUGCAACAACACACAAGCUUUCUUACUUGUCUAAGAAACCUACAAACUUAUCAUUCAGAAGACAUACAAAAAAUGGAAUUUCAUGUGUGGUUAAAAGCAAUCAUGAAGAGGGCCUUACAUAUAAAGAAGCUGGUGUUGACAUAGAUGCUGGUUCAGAGCUUGUACGCAGGAUUGCCAAGAUGGCACCUGGAAUUGGAGGCUUUGGUGGCCUUUUUCCACUUGGGGAUUCAUAUCUUGUAGCUGGUACAGAUGGUGUAGGAACCAAACUUAAGCUGGCAUUCGAGACUGGAAUCCAUGAUUCCAUUGGAAUUGAUUUGGUGGCAAUGAGUGUGAAUGACAUCAUCACAUCUGGAGCAAAGCCUUUAUUCUUCCUUGAUUACUAUGCAACAAGUCGCCUUGAUGUUGAUCUUGCUGAAAAGGUUAUAAAAGGAAUUGUCGAUGGUUGCCAACAAUCUGACUGUGCUCUUUUGGGUGGAGAGACUGCAGAAAUGCCAGAUUUUUAUGCAGAAGGAGAAUACGAUCUUAGUGGUUUUGCAGUUGGAAUUGUGAAAAAGGAGUCGGUUAUAAAUGGGAAGAAUAUAGAAGUUGGAGAUGUGCUUAUUGGCCUCCCAUCUAGUGGGGUCCACUCAAAUGGUUUCUCACUUGUUCGAAGGGUGCUAGCGAGAAGUGGGCUUUCAUUGAAAGACAAACUCCCGGGUGAAGAAUCUGUCACAUUAGCUGAAGCCUUAAUGGCACCAACUGUAAUAUAUGUAAAACAAGUGCUUGAUAUCAUAAGCAAGGAGGGCAAUAAGGGUAUAAAAGGAAUUGCACAUAUAACAGGUGGCGGCUUCACAGAUAACAUCCCUCGUGUUUUCCCGAAAGGGCUUGGCGCUCUUGUUUAUAACGACUCUUGGCCGGUUCCCCCUGUUUUUAAAUGGAUCCAAAAGGCUGGAGGAAUUGAAGAUGGUGAAAUGAAGAGGACUUUUAAUAUGGGAAUUGGGAUGGUUUUGGUUGUUAGUAAAGAGGCUGCUGAAAGGGUAGUUAAGGAAGAAGGUGGGAUGGUGUAUCGUAUUGGUGAAGUUAUAAGCGGUGAUGGUGUGGGUUAUCAGUAGUUUUGAUGACUUGCUUCUUGUGACCCGUUGUUACUUUGAGGUAUGGAUUUUACUAACAUAAACUUGUGGGUUUUGAUCCAUUGCUGUUUUAGUAUUGUACUUUGUAAUUUUGGAGGUGUGAAAUAAAUGUUUUUUUCGGGGAUUUUGCGACUUAAGAGUCAUGUUUGUGUCUGUGUAUUGGAGCUGUUUUAAUUCGAAAAUUUCUGUUAUCUUUUAAGAGUUAAAAAAAGAUUGCAAUUUUUGUA